CCCCCCUCCAUCCCCCCUCCCUCCCUUUUGCACAUGCACAGGACCUUGGUGUGGUAGCCCAAGGCCUUUCUCACCCCUCCCUCUGCUUUACCUCCUUCUUGCAUACCCUUUUUCUCUCUUUUUUGUUUCAUCUCUCCAUCUCUUGUCUUUCUCUGUGGCUCUCCUUUCUCUCUCUCUGUGCCUUUCUCUCGCUGCCUCUAUUCUUAUUUCCCUCUCCUCCUCUGUCUUCUUAUUUCCCUCUCCUCCUCUGUCUUCUUAUCUCACUCCUACUCUCCAUUGCUACGUCUUCUGUUGUCAUUGUUUCCCGAACAUCUAGACAACUCAUAGAAGUUUCUAGCUGCUUUUAUAUGUUUUGCUUUCAGUCAUUUUUCGCUUUCUGGCUAAUGCACCCGUGUUGUUCCCACUCUAUGCCUCUCCGUGUUAUGUGCGUGGUGUGUGUGUGUGUGUGUGUGUCUGAGUGUGUGUUUGUCUCCGUGUCUGCGUGUGUGGUGGUUUAUAUAUGUAUGUGUCGUGUCAUACGUAUAUAAGCUCCUCUCUUCUCUUCGAGGAGUCUGUAUAGAGGGCUCUGUAGCAGUGUUAGUUAGCAGUAGCAGAACCCCCAAUGACUCGCUACUAGGCUAGGAUGAAAGGGGCAGCCCGAAAACGCCCCAGUUAUCGAAAGAUAAGUAACGGACAGCACAGAUAGAUGUGAAAAACGGUAGAAACACAGCGAGAAUAAUCAUGUACCCUAAGAUAGACCAGUCACCUCUGUUUUGUUCUUGUUGUCCCAACUCCUGUUCUUACUCCUCCUCCUCUUUACCUCCUUCUCCUCCUCCUUCCUCCUCCUCCUCCUUCCCAGUCCUCUGUUUUAUCUCUCUCUCUCUCACCUGCUCCUCUUCCUCACUGAUGAAGGGUAACUCAGGAGUGUAAUGUAUGAGGAGCAGCAGAAGGAGGAUGAGGAGAAUUAUGGUCUUGUAUAUGGUGAUGUAUAGGAUGAUGGUAGCUGUGCUGCUUUGUGUGUGUGUGUGUGUGUGUGUGUGCACAGUGUGAGUGUGAAGAUGUGUCUGUGCGUGCGUGCGUGCACGGUGAAAGGCUUCUCUUAUUAGUGGAAUAUUUGUGGUCUCUUCUCUCUCCCCUGUAUCCCCCUGGCAGGAUAACAUCGGUCACCGGCUCCUGCAGAAGCAUGGCUGGAAGCUGGGACAGGGCCUGGGCAAGACCUUGCAGGCAUUAUGAUCCUGGCCAUGUUGUGCUGAUGGUAAACUUAGUGGCCGGACUGACCCUGUGCCCAUCAUCCUCAAGCAUGAUGUCAUGGGGAUGGGACGCAUGGAGAUGGAGCUGGAGACUGCAGAGGACGCCACAGAGAAGCGGCGCGUGCUGGAGAUUGAGAAAGAGGACACAGAGGAGCUGCGGCAGAAGUACAAGGACUAUGCUGAGAAGGAGAAAGCCAUUGCCAAAGCUCUGGAGGACCUGAGGGCUAACUUCUACUGUGAACUAUGCGACAAGCAGUACACCAAACACCAGGAGUUCGACAACCACAUCAACUCCUACGACCACGCGCACAAACAGAGGCUGAAGGAGUUGAAGCAGCGGGAGUUUGCGCGGAACGUGUCGUCACGCUCUCGCAAGGAUGACAAAAAGCAGGAGAAGAUGCUGCGCAGACUGCACGAGCUGGCAGAGCGGAGGAAACAGCAGGACAGGACCCCCGGCAGUGGCCCCAUGUUCAAGGCCACCACGGUCGCAGUGGACGGCGAGGACAGCGAGUCCUCCAACCCCGACGGCAUCCCCAUGACGACGGAAGUGGCGGCGAGCGACGUCAACAUGACGAGCACACCGGCGGCCAUGGGGGGCUCCCCCCAGCAGCAGGGCGGCUCCCCGAGACCCAGCAUGCCCAUCAGCUUCUCCUUCGGGAAGCGCAGUGGCUCUCCCAGCAGCCAGGGGGCGGCAGCCGCAGCAGCAGCAGCGGCAGCAGCAGCCGCCGCCGCCGCAGGGGCACCCAAGGUCACCUUCUCCUUCGCCAAGAAGGCCCCGGUCAAGCUGGAGACAGCCGCCGCCGUGUUCUCCGCUGCCAACGUGUUUGUGGAAGAGGGGGAGGACCAGGAGGAAGGCGGUGGUGAUGGGGGCGGUGGGGAGAAGACGGCUGGGGAGACUGAGGUAGUGCCGGGGGGUGGAGGAGGUGGCGGUACAGACGCUGCAACAGAGGUGGCUGCUGGCACAGCGUUGUCGUCUUCGACGGGAGCGGCAGCCACGGCGAGCGGUAACGAAGGCGACCAGGCGGCGCCGGCAGCAGCAGGUGGCGACGACGGCAGCUCGCUUCAGUCCACACUGAACAAGCUGAAGAUGAUGAUGAAGAAAGAGGAGGGCUACGCCGGACAGGAGCCCCAGUAUUACCACUACAUACCUCCCGCCCACUGCCGCGUCAAACCUCACUUCCAGUUCCUGCUCUUCAUGAAGGCCACGGACCAGUGCACCAUCCCCAUGGAAGAGGAAGGCGGUGCGGAAAACGGGAAGAAGACAACGACAACAGCAGCAACAGUAGAGGGGGACACGGUAGCAGCCGCAGCCGCAGCCUCAGCGCCGGAGAAGAAGCCGCUCAAGGAGAGGAAAGAGGGUGCAGGCAACAUGACGGUCAAAGACGCGAUCCCUGAGCCUUUGGCCGUCAGCUGUAAGACUGAGAAGGACCCCGAGAACGCAGACAUGGCGGAGAGUAAACCCACAGAGACUACAACGGCUUCCUCCUCCUCUUCGGCCAAAGUGAAAACCGAGAAGAGGGAAGAAGCGGCCGCGAGUUGUACGCCACCUCCUGCCUCUGGGUGUGCCUCGGCCACGGCCACGGCCACACCGGCGGGGGACGGGGCAAACCCCGACGGGCCUCGCAUCCCCACGGGCCCUUUUUUCCCCGUGCUGAGCAAAGACCAGAGCACCACGCUGCAAUGGCCCUCAGAGCUGCUGGAGUUCACGCGCGCCCAGCCCGCCCUCUCCUACAGCUGCAACCCACUCUACUUCGACUUCAAGCUCUCUCGCUGCAGGGCCAACAAGAACGCCAAAGCUGGCAGCAGCAGCAGCGGUGGGGACACGAAACAGGCUGCUGCCGGGACGUCCAAACACGCUGGCAGUGGGGAAGGGGCGGCGAGCACGAAGCUAGAGCGUUUGGACGGCACUUCCUCCUCCAGCCAACAGGGAGCGGACCCGCAGGCAGCGGCAAAGGCCGCCGAUUCGACCCUGCCCGGCCCAAAGGCAGAGGGCGAGCAUCCGCUUCAGGACCCAGAGGCUCCGGGCGGCUCCAAGAAGAAGAAGAAGAAAAAGAAACACCGGAAGGGCAAGCAUUCCAAGCGCAAGAACAAGGAUCGCGAAAAGACGGCCGCCGCAGCGGAGGGUGGGGGAGACGGGGCGGCGGUAGGGGAGGCAGAGGCGCUGGCGGCAGACAAGACCAAAAAGAAGAAGAAGCACAAACGCAAGAAGAGCAAAAACAAAAAGUCUGGCGAGGAGGAAGAGGACGGCGGGAAGGAGAAGGAGAAAGACAAAGACAAAGAAAAGGACAAGGAGAAGGACAAAGAGAAAGACAAAGAGAAAGAGAAGGAGAAGGAGAAAGACAGCAAAGACAAGGAGAAAAAGAAAGAAAAGGAGGACAAAGCGGUGGCCCUUCUUUCUGCUCCUCCUCCUCCUCCUGAAUCCUCUGCAGGGGCAUCCACAGGCUCCGACGGAAGCAAGCGCAAGCGAUCCUUCAAGGACACUUCCUCUCAGCGGCCGGCCGCAGAGGAAAGCAAGCCCAGCACCUCGGAGGAGCACAACGGCACCAAGCGGUCAAAGGUGGAGCCCCGCGUGGCCCCGACGUCCUGCUCGGCCUCGGCCCAACGAGGGGGCUCGGGCCGCGGCCGGCCGCCCAGCAGCGAGAGCGAGGACGAGGCAGGCGGUGGCGGCGGCGGCAGCUCCCAGAGGCACAACCCGCGCCGGCGCUCGCGCUCGCCCCGCGACCAGGGCCGGCAGCGGCAGCGCAGCGAGGACUCUGGCCGCUCGGGCUCGCGGAGCCGCUCCAGCCGGCACGGAGACCACCACGGCCGCCACCGGCACCACCGCAGCCAGUCCUACUCCAGCAGCUCGGAGCGCUCUUCGGCCGGCAGCAGCUACAGCCACCGCAGCCGCAACCGCUACUCGGACAGCUACAGCGACUACAGCGGGGGCGAGCGCCGUGGGCAGCGCCGUUCUAGCCGCCACCGAUCCUCAAAGCGUCGUUCCGACUCUGGGUCGGACUACGAGCGCCGCAGCAGCCGGUCACGACACCACCGCUACUCCUCCUCGUCCUCGUCCUCAGCCUCCCGCUCCAGGUCUCGCUCCCACGGGGGUCGUGACCGCGGCAGCGGGCGCAGGAGACAUCGGCGGCGACGGCACCACCGCAGCAGCUCGCGUAGCUCCAGCAGCCGCAGCCGCAGCUGGAGCAGCAGCAGCGGACGCUCCUGGAAGCGCAGCUACAGCCGCAGCCGUUCCCGCUCCCGCUCGCGCUCCUCCGUCUCCAGCCGCGGUUCGCCGCAGCCCCGCGCCAACAGCCCCGCGCGGCGCUUCAACCGCUCCAGCAUCUACCGCUCGCAGUCGCCGCGCUCCUCCACGACUAGGGCUGGGGGUGGGGGCGGGAGGACCAGGGGAGGUUCGCAAGGCCCCAGGGGGCCGGGAGGGGGUGAGAGUCGGAUGUCGGUCACAGCUAGGCAGCUGCUGGAGAAGAUCCAGAACCGCAAAGGCACGGACGAGCACGGCUCAGGUUCUAACAAGCCGGGGGGCAAGGUCAAGGACCCUCCCCAGGGCUACUUCGGGCCCAAGCUGCCCCCGUUGCUGGGCGGCAAAGGCAUGCUGUCGCCGUUUGGCAAACUGCAGGCCGGCAAGAAGCCCACACCGUCGGCGCUGCUCCUGACUCGGCCCGACUCCGAUAAGAACAAGGGUGCGGGGAAGAGCUCGGAAGCCGGAGGGGAGGUCAUCUUAGUGGAGCAAAUCCGGGAGUUUCCCCCUCCUCCGCCGCCCCCGGUUCCUCCUGCUCAAAAACAACAGAAACAACAACAACAGCAGCAGCAGCAGCAGCAGCAGCAACAGCAACAGAAGCAACCGGAGGAGAAACCCCCGCCCACCACCAACACCCAGGAGGCCACCCAGGUCCACCCAGAACAGCAGCCGCAGCAGCAACCCCAGCUUUUCGAGCCGGAGCCCGGCCUUCUGAUCCCCCCCUUCCAGGGCCAGGACCAGCCUCCACCGGACCCCACGGCCCCGAUCAUGGAGCGUCUGAUGGGGCCCCAGGGGGGGCCCCCCGCCGCCAUGCACCCUUACUCCGGCUACGCGCCUCCCAGCAUGGAGGAGGAGGAGCUGGGCAUGGAGGCGGAGGAGGACGGCCUGGCGCCGCUGGAGAGCCAGCCCAUCACCUUCACGCCGGAGGAGAUGGAGAAGUACAGCAAGCUGCAGCAGGCCGCCCAGCAGCACAUCCAGCAGCAGCUGCUGGCCAAGCAGGUCAAGACCUUCCCCUCGGCGGCGGCGGCAGCAGCGGCGGCGGCUAACCACCUAGCAGCCAACCACCUGGCAGCCGCGGCCAACCUGACGCCGGGCCCUCCCCCUCCGCCCUCAGCAGCGGCUGCAGCGGCGGCGGCAGCAGCAGGCCUGCAGCAAAUCCACAUCCAGCAGCCGGCCGUGUCCGCCGCAUCCGCGGCCACCUCCAUCACCACGGUGCAGCACGCCAUCCUGCAGCACCACGCGGCCGCCGCCAAUGCGGCCGCCAACGCCGCCAUGGGCAUCCACCCGGUGGCGCACCACACCGCGGCGCACCACCCGGGGCUGUCCGGCCACGCCCACGCACACGCACACGCCCACGCCCAGCUCACGCAGGUGCACCACAUCCCGCAGCACCACCUGACGCCCAUCUCGCUCUCCCCGCUCGGCCACUCGCAGCUGAGCCACUCGCUGAGCCAUUCGCUGGGCCACGCGGGCCUCAUACAGGCCCACCACCACCCUACCACCGCCUUCCUGGGCGGCCAGCCUAUCCACAUCAUCCCGGCGUCUGCGCUGCACCACGCCGCGCCCCUGGCGCUGCACCACGUGCCGCACGCCGCCAUCUACCCCACGCUGUUCGCCCCGCGGCCCGCCUCGGCCGCCGCCGCCCUGCAGCUGCACCCCCUGCUGCACCCCAUCUUCUCUGGACAGGACCUCCAGCACCAGCACCCCAACCACGGCUCCUGAGGACUCACCAAUAUACACACACAAACACAGACAAGAAAGACACACACACGCACACACACACACACGUGGGGUGGUGAGUGGUGGUGCUGCGCAACUGGAGAAGAGACUCCAGCAAGGCAGGCUAGUAGGAAGGAAGGAAGGAUGGAAGGAGGGAGGGAGGGACGAAAGUCGGGGGGUAAGAAGGAGGUAGGAUAUGAUAGGGAGAGGCGAGAUCCAUGAACUUGUGGCCUGUAUCCCCCUCUCUCACUCCCGAGUCAGAGGGAAGCGUGGAGGGAAAAGGCACCAGAUGGGCGGAGAAGUCCCUCAGACACCAGCUCUCCCACAGCUUGCUUGGACCAUGUGGCGGCACGCGACUACACCCCCUCCCCAAACUAGUGCCCCUACCACUGGGGGGCGCUGUCUAUGCAGGGCUGAAGCAAAGGAACUGCCGUUGCCCAUGACGUCACGCCAUGGGGUGGAGGUGAGGUGAGGUGAGGUGAGGUGAGGGUACGGGAGGUGGGUGUUAGAAGAGGGAGGCAGUGGGAAGAUGUGGUUGUAAGGCUGUACCAAGGGGCUUUUUUGAGUUCCGGAGGCAUGGGACAGUGCAAAAAAUCCACUGGAGUAUUUUUUUUCUUUCCUCAAAUGUGUUGACUUCAAAUCCUGCUGUUGACAUUGGUCUCUUGUUUUUCUUUCCCCCCCAUUUUUUUUCCUUAGCUCUUGCAGAACCUUGUGGGUAAAAGCCAUAAGGUGGGGAUGGGAGGUGAUCUUGAAGAUUGUGUUAACAAGCUUUUUUUGGUGUGUGUGAUUAAUGUAUUAAUGAUGUAUGUACGCUGUCAUGAAAUAAGGUUUCUAAGCUUCAAAGAAUGAUGGCGUCUUCCCUAUUUGCCUUCUCAAUGGCACUCUCUCUAUGUCUACCAUUUUGAAAUUACGGUCACCUGCUGAAGAAAACCCCAAGUGUGGAGCCUUCAGCACAUUUAUAUUGUAAGGUACUUGAAUUUGUCAAUUCUAAAAUAUUUAAUGUACACCAUUCAGCUUACAAAAAGCCAUUUUUUGUGAAGUCUUAAAACUUUGACAGCUGGCUGAAUAAAUGGUGGACUCUAAAUUCUGAGGGACCCCAAGGCCCUUCGUCACGCGGCGAGGACGACUCACUGGUUACACGGACUCAAACGGUCAUGACGAUGUGAAUGUCAGUCACUAGAAGGAAGUGCCAAACCACUUCUGUCUCUGUGGGUGGAUGCAAGUCAAUCUUCUGUCCUUUGUGUCCUUUACUGUAGCCUCUAGACUUGUGAUGCAAGGCCCAACGGGUUUGAUAAUUGAAGUUUCCAUUCGGUAUCUUGCAAAAACAUAAUUGAAAGGCCAUUCUCUCAUUUUGCAAUCAAAAAGUGACUGCACUGGUUGGCGGCAAGGAAACCUACAGAAGCAGCCACUGGGGCAAGAGGCCAGAGCCCACAAGGAAAGGAUUUGAGGACAAAGAUUGACUUGCAUCCUCUGCCUCUCUCUCUUGUGCAAGAAAUCAAGAGGUGUGUGAGGUCACGUACGGAUUUGUACAUCCUUGUUCCCAACCAAGAUCUGAUUCUUUUACUCUUAACUUGCACUGAAAAAUCUAUACAUGGAGAUGAUGCUGUUUUUUUCUGCAUCAUGUAACAAUUGUAAUGAUUGUAGAAUACGGCAAUAAUUUUAUUUUCUAUCGUGGAGAUUUUUUUUUUAAUUCAUGUUCUCCCAUGAAAAAAAUUCACUCUUGUAAUUAGGCUUAUUGUAAAUAAGGUUGCUGUAGAUUAACUUGGAUGUAAAGUUGUAGAGGUUUGUAAAACCCCCAUAUGAGGAAAAAUGUGAAAGAUGAAAUGUGGAAGGUAAAAAAAGCUACUAAAAAAAGACAUGUAUGUCUGAGGGAUGGGAAAUUUAAAAGGUGGGAAAGUGGUGUCCACUUUUGUCUCCUGGGGGGGGUGGGUGGACACAUGAACUAUACUCUGUACAGGGCAGUUAUGUUAUCUGCUUUUAUAAUUUCUUAAAUGAGUCAACAAAAUAAAGAAUUUCCAGUUCCGAAA